AUGGCCGAAGGACCGCGAAACCGUCCACUCAGAGAAUAUUCCACCCCAUCUCAACUAGAGCCCCACAAGAGCAUCGUUAACCCUGCUAUUAACCGAAAAGAUUUCGAGCUGAAGCCAUCAUUGAUAUCAGCCAUUCAACAACGUCAAUUUUCCGGUGUUCCUACCGAUGAUCCUAACGAACAUUUAACAAAGUUCAUCCAAUUUGCUGAUACCGUGAUAGCCAAUGGAGUAACUGCCGAUGCAAUAAGACUACGCCUUUUUCCCUUCUCCCUGAGAGAUAGAGCUUGGGCUUGGUUGCAAUCCUUGCCACAAAAUUCUGUCACGACGUGGGAAGAAUUGAAGACUGUUUUCUUAGCAUGUUAUUUUCCUCCUAGCAAAACAGUUGCGUUACGAGCACAAAUCAAUGGAUUCAGACAAAAGGACACUGAAUCUCUUUUCGAUGCAUGGGAGCGAUAUAAGGACAUGAUGCGAAUGUGCCCACAUCACGGAUUAGAAGACUGGCUCGUCAUUCAUACAUUUUACAAUGGACUGUUGUACAACACGAGGUUGUCAAUAGAUGCCGCUGCUGGUGGCACGCUUAUGGAUAAGCCGUAUGACGAAGCCUAUCAACUAAUUGAAAACAUGGCUCAAAAUCAUUACCAAUGGGGAAGCGAAAGAACUCCUGUGGAAAAAUCUCAAACUAAAGGCGGAAUCUUGACCUUACCACCCGCAGCCACCGUGGCUGCUAUAACUCCAAACUGCGAAUUGUGUGGAGUUCUUGGACAUGCUGCCCCCGAAUGUGCUAUUUUGGCAGGAGUCUCGGUUGAUCAAGUUAACUACGCUCAAGGGAAUCCGUAUUCCAACACCUACAAUCCUGGAUGGAAGAAUCAUCCUAAUUUUUCGUACAAAAAUAACAACGCUCUGUUUGUCCCGAAUCAAGCACCUGUUGUACCGCCAGGUUACCAAAAACCUGCUGCUAACAUUCCUAAUAUGCCUAAUGUUCCUAGAAAGUCUAACCUUGAAAUUAUGAUGGAAAAUUUCAUUGCUACCCAAGCUCAACAAAAUAAGGAUUUCCUCAACCAAAAUGUUCACACCGGUGAACAAUUGAAGCAAUUAGCAACUAAGGUAGAUGCCCUAGCGACCCAUAAUAAGAUGUUAGAAACUCAGAUUGCUCAAGUGGCCCAACAACAAGCAACUACUUCCGCACCUGCUGGAUCAUUUCCUGGUCAACCACAACCCAAUCCUAAAGGGCACGCUAAUGCCAUAACACUACGAAGUGGAACUGAGCUCGAUGGACCAAUCGAUCCAAGGCUUCAGAACCCAACCAUGUAUCAGAAACCUGAUAAAGCGACUGAAAAACCAAGAGAACAACCUGAAACUGAAAAGGAGGAUGAGAAUGAAGAGGCAUCUGAAAAGGAGAAACCUUAUGUGCCUCCCCCACCAUAUAAACCACCGAUUCCAUAUCCUCAAAGACUUGCUAAGUCUAAGAAUGAGGGCCAAUUUAAGAAAUUCGUAGAGCUUCUGAAGCAACUAAAUGUUACCAUUCCUUUCACAGAAGCUAUUACCCAAAUGCCCUCAUAUGCUAAGUUCCUCAAGGAGAUCUUAUCCAAUAAGAAGAAGAUAGUAGAGAAUGAAACUGUUACACUAACUGCUGAGUACAAAGCCUUAUGUGAUUUAGGAGCCAGUGUUAGUUUAAUGCCUCUAUCUAUUUGUGAAAAACUCAAAUUAGGUGAACUAAGACCAACAAGAAUGUCAUUGCAAUUAGCUGACCGAUCUGUCAAGUUUCCCGUAGGAAUGCUUGAAAAUGUACCUGUUCGUAUAGGACAAUUCUAUAUUCCUACUGACUUCAUAAUAAUGGACAUUAAAGAGGACUCUAAUAUCCCUAUUAUACUAGGAAGGCCAUUCUUAGCAACUGCUGGUGCCAUUAUAGAUGUCAAGAAAGGAAAGCUAACUUUCGAGGUCGGUGAAGAGAAAGUAGAGUUUAUUCUCUCCCAAUUCUUCAAAGCCCCAGCCAUAGACGAUUCCUGUUGUUUCUUGGACGUUAUUGAUGAAUGCGUUAAAGAAAUGGAGAAACAACAAAACACCUACUCUGAAGUUCUAAAAAUACAAAUGCCACCUAUUUUCGAGGACGAUAACUGGCGUGAGGAAUACCAAGAUAACAAUUUAAGUGAAUGCCUAGCAUUAACCCCUGAUCAUAUUCCUUGCCCUAAGAAACCUGCUAUAGAACUUAAAACACUACCCAAAGAUUUAAGGUAUGAAUUCCUAGAUGAAGAACUUGAACGACCUGUUAUAGUAAACGCAGACCUUGGACAGAUUGAAACUGAAAAGUUACUCAAUGUCCUUAGGAAAUAUCCGACCGCUUUAGGCUAUAACAUAUCUGAUCUAAAGGGAAUAAGCCCCUCUAUCUGCAUGCAUCGCAUUAUGCUCGAGGAAGAGUGUAAGACCUCGCAAGAACAUCAAAGACGAAUCAAUCUGAUUCUAAGCGAUGUAGUGAAAAAGGAAGUUCAAAAGCUGUUAGAAGCAGGAAUCAUAUACCCUAUAUCUGAUAGUAAGUAG